AUGUUGGAGUCAUUAGUUGAGAAGCUACUGAAUAAAUUCCUCGCGCCAUACGUCGAGGGGAUUGAGAGGAACUUACACUUGGGGGUAUGGUCAGGCAACAUAGUUUUAGAGAACCUGAAACUUAAGCCGCAGAUAACCGAAAUAUUAGAUCUAUCUUUUAAGAUAAUCCAUGGUAACAUAGGAAGAAUAAAUAUACAGAUACCAUGGAGUAAGUUAGGGAAGAGUCCCGUAUGUGUGCUCAUUAAAAAUGUGCACAUAUAUAUAAAACCAAGAAGCUACAAAAAAAGCGAAGAUGUGAUCAUCGAAGAGUUGAGAAGAGCCAAAAUACAUAGACUGGAACUGUUGGAGGAAGAAAUUUCCCUCAUUAAACAACAGAAAAAUAAAGAGAAGUCAUCGGAAAAGUCCACACUUAUAUUUAAAUUGUUAAAUAAAAUUAUUAACAAUAUCCAUGUAGAUAUUCAGGACAUUUUAAUUCAUUUUGAAGACCCUGAGAGGAAUUUUUCCAUCGGAUUUAUCCUCAAGUCUUCCUCCGUCAAGAAUUGUCUUGUGAAGGACGAAAACGCGGCGGACGCUGGCAGUUCGGGCGCAAAUGCGAGUGCAAAUGCGAAUGAGGAGUAUAAGUUAAAUCACAUAAUCGAGUUCAAGGGGUUGUGUAUCUACAGCAACAGUAAUAUAAGGAAAAAGCGCAGGAGGAGGAAGAAGGGGCAAAAGGGGAAAACAGGAGGUAAAAGGGAUCGAAGCGGUCAGAAGUGCCGAAAUAUCUCUGAGGGGCCCCCCAAGCGGGAGGCGACCAGCGCGAGCGGCUCGUCCGAUUUGCUAACGAGGGACGACCCUGAUAAGGACCAAAGGGAAGACCUGAAGAAUAGGUUAUCCCUCUCCGACGACGAAGAUGAAGCAAAUGAUGCCAGCGGCAGAGUAGACAAUUUGGACCGUUCGUCCAAGAUGAUGGACAAUUUGUCCUUUAGUUACGACAAGAACGAGGACCUGACGUUUGAGUCCAAGUUAGGUAGUGACAACGAAGAAGAAGAUCACAAUGGUGAUAGUAAGGACAACUAUUUGAAGAGAACGCUAACCCAGAUUAGCAACUUCUUGAAAGAUGACGAGAACAAAAUUUUAAACUACUACAACUUUGAGUAUCUGAUAAAGCCGUUCGACUUGGUGCUGCCAGUGGAGCAGUCCAGUAACAAAAAGGAGCUGAAGGCCAAGCUAGAAAUAGGGGAAAAGUGGGAAGGAAUUACGCUAACUAGGACGCAAAUUACAAAAAUUAUCGAAAUAAUGAAUGAAGCCAAUAAGUCCAGGAAUCAGACGAACAAGCUGCUGCUAAAGUAUGCCUGUACGGUUAAGCUAGACAUAGAAUCUCUGCGGAAUGAGACCAAAAAUGAAUUUAUGACUCUGUACAAUAAAGUUCUUGCAGAGAAGUACAACAUAGCAACGACGGAGUUAACCUCCCAGGAGAUGAACCGGUUGCAAAUUUUGUACGAUGUCGUUGGGGUACGUCAUCUAGCCAAGUGGAGAUUGCAUUGUAAAAACACAUUGGAAAAAAUAAUUGAAGAGAAGAAUUUGAAAAAAAAAUAUCUCUACGACUCUAUAUAUAAGCAGCAGUCCUGGUGGUCCUGGGUGACUGGUAAUAAGAAGGACAUUGAAAAUAAGGUGCAGAGUAUUUUAAAUAGUGAGCAAGACAUUAUAAAUGAGAAGGAGUUGUACAUUCUGCAGGAAGCUAUGACAAACGAGGAUAGUUACGAUGUGGUCCUUCCAACCAAAUAUGAUUUUCAGUUCAAAUUGGCAAAUUUUUCCAUUAACGUGUAUGAUGAUUGUAAGAAGGGGAGAAAAAGACGGGUCCUGCCUGAGCAAGGCCAGUUAGCAGAAAGGGGAAGAAUUAACGCUAAUGUGUACCCUAUUGAUGGAAGCCCAACUGAUGGUAGACUAACGGAAGGAAUUUCCAAUCCAAUGAGCAACCUAUUGGGAGAGGACCCUUCCAAAAAAUGCGAUAGCAACAAUUUUGGAGACCACCUGAGUGAGGAAAUAUCUCUCAGCGGAAGUGAAAACAGUCUGAUGAAUAGCUCCCCAUCUAUGAGCGCCUCCAACAGUAACUAUAUCAAGAAGAGGAUAAAGUAUGAAGAAAUUAACAUACUCUCGAUAAAUUUUUACCAAAUAUAUUCUUCCCUGUCGUUACAGUCCGUGGUGGACCACAACGAUAAUGAUAACUUCCAAUGGAAGUUCAUAAUCGAGUUACAAAAUUUCGUAGCAAAGCAUAAGAGUAAAGUUUUUAUGGAGUUUAGGACGAAUAAGAAUUUAUUCCCCUACAAUGUUAGCAGUGGAGGAAAUAGCCUUUACCAGAAUCCAAUUUAUUAUUCUUUGCUACAUAGCCAGAGUUUGUGUGCCUAUGUGGAGAUAAACCACUUAGUGACUGAAAAGGGGAACACUCUGUCCACUUUGUUAAGGUUGAAUCCGCUGGAGCUGUACGUGUCUCCGUUACUUAUUAAGAACAUCCUGUCUUUUGCCUUCCCCCUGAUAGAUAUCGUUAAUAAGAAGCACAAGUCGGUUUUGCGGAGGGGAAAGGGGAAGGGCUCCUUUGUGGGCGACGCUGCGGCCGAGGCGCCCCAGAGGGAACAGCUUCUCACAGAAGAUUUCCCUACUGAACAGCUCCCCAGUGAAAGGCUCCCCAGUGAAGAGCUUCACGGGGAACCGCUCAACGGAGAACCCCCCGCCGGAGAGACUCCUAGGUGCGCCGCGGGCGACGGUCAGGCGGACACGUCGGAUGAUGACGAAGAAGACGACGAGGCGCUGCUGCACAUCAAGAAGAUGGAGCAGACGGAAUUGAUAGAGGGGCUGAAAGAGAAGGGAGAAAAUGUAUACAAUAGAGCAGUUCAGCAUUUGCCGGAGCUCUUCGAAUUUUACAUUCAUAUAUGUGGCCCAAUAUUGCACUUUGACAAUUUAACCAACGGCAUUGUCGAAUUGCACCUGGGUAAUCUGAUCGCCAAGACGGAGUGCCCUUGCACGUACCACAAAUUUAACUUGAUUUUCGAAUUCAACGAAACGCAGAUAACGUGCCUGAAGGCGUCUUUGCAGGGGGGUGGGGGCACGUGGAUGGGUAAAAAUGGCGUGGAUGUGAGGCGUACGAAGGUGGACUUGGUUAAUGGAUUGCCCCCCGUGAGAAGGGAGACUCCAAAUGUGCAGCGGGAGGAAGAGCCGGAGGAACAGCAGCAGGAGGAGGGGAAUAACCCCCCCGUUGAGGAAACCCAUCUGAAGGACAGCUACUGCCACCGCAUAAAGGAAAAGACCCAGAAGAGUGAGAAGUUCUACAUACUGCAGCCCAUCCCUGUAAAGGUGUACGUGGAAUAUGACUUCAAAAUUUUGAAGACGAACAUUAUUUUGGAUGGCAUUUUUUUCCAAAUAAAUCCAGACGCAGUGAGCAUCAUAUUGGCUGUGCCGACCUCCAUAACGAGGUAUUUAACUCGAUUCUACUCAAAAAAUAAAAAAGAAAAGGACUCUCUCAAAGGUAGAAAGAAGACUCCAGUGGAGAAGAAGAUAAUUUCUUCUUUCAAGGAGGAAGGAAAUAUCUCCUUGAAGAUACCUUCCGCGGAAGAAGCUUCCAAAGAGGAGAGUAGCCCUGUCCUUGUUGAUGCUCCGAAUGACGAUGAGUCGAAGGCCAACCUGACUGAUGUGAACCAAAUUAACAAACCGGAGGAAGGAUCCUUUCUCUACGAUAUCGACUUUUUAAUUAAAAAUUCAGCCUUCUCCAUUAAAAAUGGGAAAAACAGGGAAGUGCUGAAAUACGAGGCCUGCGGAAUAUCAUACAAGAAUUACCUGCAGAGAAAGAAGAAAAUUGUCAAGGUUGAAAUAGAGCAGCUGUGGAUUUGUGACCCGAGUAAUAGGCAGCCAAUUUUUUUUACCCUAACGAAGAAUGUGAAUUCGAAGGAUAUUUUUCUCUUCCGGUCGUUGUCGACUUAUUUGGAGAAGAAGCAGAAUGCGAUGGUUAAUGGGGGCGUCGUUCAGGUGGGGAUCUUACCACCACCACCAUUACAGCCCUUACAGCCGUCACCACCGUCGCCGUCGCCAGGAGGGGAGGGCACCAAUUUGGGGACUCUGCCCAGUGGGGCUGCAACCAGUGAUAAACUUCAUGGCAGCCGCAGGGGGGGGGACAAUACCAUGAGUAGAGAUGUCAGUAAUGAGGAGAACGGCUCGGGGGGCAUAGAUCGAUUUCUGUCGGCUCAAAGAAUGGAGGAUUUUAUGGAGAGUGGUUUUCCGAGCCAGGGGAAGGUAUGUCCCACCAAUGAUGGACUGGAUAAAUGUGGGCAAGUGAGGACAGGUUCGAACCGAAGUAGCCCUAACAAGGGGGGAGCGGCUUUGAAAGUUGGCCACGCGGAGGGUGAGAUGGACGAGGACGUUAGCUUCGAUGUAGACGCCAGCUGCGACGAUGGCGAAGACAGCGACGAUGAUGACGAUGGUGACGACUUCAUGGACGCCAUCGAAGAGAAGCAGCUGUCUAUAAAUCUGCAAAUUCUGCAGAAUCAAGACGAAAUCAACAGGGACAAUAUGCACGUGAAUUUGAUCAUCAGCGAUAUCGAGUUGCACUGGAAGUACAAAACGAUUAAGCAGAUAUUCAAAACGAUGAAGGAAUACAAGAAGAAGCUUCAAUACGGAAUUGAGAAGGACAUGAAAUAUAUCAAAAAUAAGUUAAAGAAUGAGGAGUUAAAAAAUUAUAAGAUGUUCAUUUCGGAACACACUCUAAGGAGUGUUCAGGAGACCCUAAAUAAUGUGAAGAAUUCUUUGAAUAUUUUGGACAUAGAUUCUGCCAAGAGGGACAAUGAGGAGUUGGAACAGCAGUUGGAGCAGAAUAAAACCGCUUAUCCAGGUGUUGGCACACAUGCGGGAAGCGUUCCGAUGAGGCAAGCGCCAAUACACCCCAGGGGGGGAAACCUCCUGGAAGGUAUGGGAAAAGAUGAGCAUAUGGCUGGAAGGAGUACACAAAGUGCAGCCGGAGAAAGCAGUGUCGCACAGAGCUGUGCAGCACAACGUGGUGACCAUUCCGAGGGGGAUAUCCUUAGCAAUGGGUUGAAUAACACCCUACCGAAGCUGCACGGGCAGAAGAACUCCUACGUGAAGUACUUAUUCAAUUGCUACAUCAAGAGUGCCUCGCUAGCCUUCUGGCAAAAGAGGAAGAUCUUCUCAAAAAUUCAAGUGAGCAGCAUAUAUUACGAAAAUAAGGUGUACUUAACCUUUGACCAAAAAAUGUUCGUAAACAUCGAGAAGGGCAUCAUAUCGAUGAAUAGCAAAAAUAUCAUUUCGAACAAUAUAAAUGAUUAUACGUAUGAUUUGUUCAUUUCGAGGAGGAGCAAAAGGUUUGGCGCAACCGAUUUUGAGAAGGUCAAACCAAGUGAGGAUAGCAAAGGGGAGAAUGUGAAGACUAUGUCGGAGAGACGAAACAGUAAAGACAUUUUAAACUACAUCAGUGUGGAUAAUCUAUCUGAGGAAAUAAAAAAAAAAAAAAAAUCAAACAAACAGAAAAGGCAGGAUUUAUUUGUUGGAAAAAUUAAGGUAUACAAAGACACAAGGAAUUACAACAUGUGUUUGCUCUGCCAAAUAUCCAGUAUAUACUACAUUUUUUACUUACGCGAUUUGAAGUUAUUUCUGGAGUACCUAGAUGACGGCAUUUUAAACGUGUUUAUAAGUAAAUCGUACAAGAAGGUCGUACAGGUAGCUCAGGCGAAGUAUUUUCUCUUCCAUUGCACCAUCUUGGAUCCCGUUGUUAUCAUUCCGGAGGAUAAAAAUAUAAUAUAUAAUUAUCGCGGGGAGGUUAAGAACGUGUCCAACUGCUCCAAGGCGAGCAUGAAUCAGAGUGGGAGUACCAACCAAGGGGGGAACUCCAUCCCGUACAUCGAAUCGUAUUUGAAAUUCCAUUUGGGCACCUUAAAAUUUAAGAAUUCGUACACGAUGAAUUACACCCAAGGGAUCGUCGCAAAUCAGAGAAGAGAGCUUCGCAAGAGGAGGAGGAAGAGGAGGAAAAGGCAAGCAAGACAGGCGAAAGCAACCAUCCAGGCAAGAUCUACCCCAGGAAAGGGUCAAAUGGGUGUCCACAACACCGAUAAAGGCAGCAUCUCGACCGAAGAUGAGGCAACAGAAAAUGAGGAAGUGGAAAAAGAUGCCUAUACAACAAGCGUCGGCGCGAAAUACGAUUUUACCCUCUAUGUAGAUUUGAUAGACAUGAAAUGUCGCGCCUGUGAAAAUGGGGGAAGUAUCAACAUAGAAGGGAACAUUCUACAAAAAGUCAACAUAGGAUUAUGCCUAGUCAGUAGCCAGGAUGGUGUUUUCAUUUACUUCAAUGGGAACGAUUUUGGCCUGGAUUUGACUGUAUUUCAGUUGGCCUUUCUGUUAGACAUUAUUAAUGAGAACUUUUGCUACAAGGGCUACUUCCCUAUGUGCUUCAUUUGUGAUAGGGGCGUGAACAUAGACAGCAUCUUGAAUAGCGAGUGGUUCCGCAAGGGGAACAUCAAUUUAGGGAACCUGAGUGUUCUCCGCGGGGGGGAAGCGGCGCAGAGGGGGGUAAAGGGGGUGAAAGAGGUGAACGAGACGAACGAGGCGAACAAGACUAGCGAAACUAACGAGACUAACCGGACGAAAGACGCGAAAGAGACGAAUGAGACGAACGAGGAAAACGGUUUGAGUAGCCCCAGGGGGCCGCGAAACUCGGUCGCGAGUGAACCGGUGAAGAAGAACGGGAUGAAGCUAUACGUGUACAUAAAUCUGGAGAGCCUAAGGAUUAAAACCUCCUUUGACAGAAACACCCCAGUAGCUAUAAUAACGUUCCAAAAUAUAAGCAUCUCGUUUGACCUAGUUCUCCUGGAUUUUUACUAUAUCUAUUUUUUCGACCUUUAUAGUAACUCCCUCUACAUUGAUGAUGUGAGAAAGAACUCCAUUAACUACUACAAGCGAGUGGCAUACUGCUGCAUCGAGAACGAAGCAAAGAGGGGGAUGAGGAAGAAGGGGGGAAAAUAUUAUGAGGAAAAGAUGACAGGGAAUUUUCUGAGGGAGAAUGCCGAGGCUAAGUUAUCUCUGAUUAAGAACACUAGCAUAUCGGUGAAUAGCAACUCGUGCGUUUCGAAUCUGAACGAGGAGAACAACAUGAGCAGCAGCGCUGCGGCGGGAAGCCACCCAGUGGUAGGAAACAGCUCUGUGUUGGGAAGCAACGCAGUGGUUGGAAGCAACUCGGUAGUGGGAAGCAGCUACCCCACGGUGGAUCGCUGCACACCUCCCCACGCAGCUGCGAAGGACUACAGAGCCCUGCUGCGGUACAUGUUCGAGAACAACGUAUUUCUGAGUGAGGAAAAAAAGAAGAAAAGGCAAAAGGGCAUAAAGAUAAGAAUCAAUUCCUUUAUAGAGGAUCUCAUCCUAAGCAUAGAAUUGGAUGAUGCGUACAUCUGCUGCUUCUUUAUCAUUUUUCUGGAUAUAUAUAAAUUCCUGUCUAGCGCUUUCAAUAUGAGCACACAACAUCUGUAUCCGAAGCCAUCUCCUUACAUCGUUACGGCGAAGGAGCCACCAAGGAAGAGAAGGGGGAAGAAAGUUUCCGGGGCCUAUGACCCUUCUCAGAAUGAUGUUGCCAGUCUAGGAAAGAACAGACAUGAUUUGAAAGAGGAUAAGAGGGAAACCCACCCGGAAGAAGCAAACAGGAGUGGCAAGAAUGCGGAAAAGUAUGCUGUGGAGAAUGUCAGGAUAGAGGGAAAUGUUUUUAAAUCGAAGGCGAAAAGUCAGGAAGGGGGAAGCAGACGCCGUGGCAAGCAGGAGAACAUUUCCCCAGUUGGGGGAACAAAGGAAGAAAAACAAGAAGACGCAGACAAAGGAGAGGGUCAAAAUGCGACGAAUGGGGGAAAAAAUAUAUCGAGAGGAAGCAGCAUGAAUUCUAGUCGAUUAAAGUUUAUCAGAGAGCUCAUGGGGAAUGAGAAAAAUCAGACGAUAAUCAAUAUAAAUGAAAUUCUCAAAUUGGACAAUAAACCCAUUCACAUAAGCUUCAAAGUAAACAAUGGCAAUUUUAUUGUCUUCACGGAUCUAGAGCAUGUGGCUCAUCCGAUCUUGAUGUGGUCAAAUAACUUCGUCUUCUCCUUCUCUCUUUUAAACAAGUGCAUAAUAUUUAGGAAAAUAUACGCCUUAAAUAGUAAAAUAAAGCGAAUUAACUAUGUCAGUAGUUUUCCUAGCGAUGUGAGUAGGAGGAAGAGGAGGAUGAACGCGACGAGGGGUAUGGACGGAGAAGGCCCCAAGGAUGUGUCUAACCCACUGCACAAUUAUCACAAGAAAAAAAUUCUACUGUGUGAUAAUUUAAAUGUUAAGGGGGAAGCGCUAUACGAAUCAGUCGACACGAAGAAGGAGAAUUAUAUUUUAAAAGGGAACGUGAGGAAGAAGGAUUAUCCCCAGGUUAUCUCCGUUUUUGAGGUCAACAUUCACAUUGGAAAUUUCGACAUACGACUGUCGAAUGACGACGUGGAGAUUUUACUGACGGCCUCGUCCACCCUGUUCGGCGAUGUGCCCAGCUCUUACACCAACAUCUCCGUGGGUGUGGUAAUCCCGCCGGUGACGUUUAUUCACACGAAGAUAAAGAACAAAUUUAUGAGGAAUAACAUUUAUUUUGUGAUGAAGGGGGUGCGAGAUGGCGAGGCGGAAGGAGGGGGACGUGUGGAAGGUGCGGACGAUGCGGAAGAUGCUGUGACUGGGAGAAGCGCGCGAGAUGACGACCAGAGCCCCGCCCAGGCCCUGCAGAUUAUGAACAUAAAUAAGCUGAAAUGGGGGAAAAGAAAAAGGGAAAGAGGAAGAACGGUGGCUGUUCGGGCUGACCUUACCAAUGGGGGGAAAAAUAUGAAGCAGGAGGGGUAUAUCGCAUCGGAGGAGAAGCUCCAACUGGGAAUAAACCCCCUUAAGGAGGAAAAAACGCUCCUUACAAGGAAGAAGCAGAAACGCGAGGUAGACCUAUCCGAGUCCAGCAAUAACCUGAUUGAAUCAUUUUCGUAUAACGCUUUGUCGGAAAUUUCAAUGGACUCCAAUUUGACGAUAUACUCCGACUCUUCCACCUCGGAGUCGUACACAACCAGCAGGAUAUUCUCCUCCAGUAAAUGUGCAAUGCAAAAUGAGUCAGAAUCCGAUUUGACUAGCGGCAAUGAACAGGGAACUACCUAUCGAGACAUCAAGAUAGUAAUAAAUCUGCACAAGGUGAAGUGCACCUUCAUCGACGAUAUAAGAAAUUCAAUCGUGCCAAUAAUCAGGACGAUCAUGAGUAUGAGCAUAUGUCUGAAUUUUUACACAGAUGAAUGUUCCUACACUAUAAACGAUUUGAAUUCAAAAGUAGAGUAUUUUAAUAACUGCAUUGGAGACUGGGAACCCUUUUUGGAGAAGUGUAACAUCUCGUUGGACAUCCACAAGAUACUACCAAAUGAAGCUAUUAGUGACGACACCGAGUCGACCAAAUCUCCUAUCAGCAUAAUAAAGAUAAAUAAGAAGGUACUUAAGGGGCUGGAGAAAAAGGAAAACACCCGAUGUAUGCCGAGCUACACACUCGAGAAGGAAGAAAACCAGGGGUCUCAUUUGUCCCUUUUUAACAACAAUUGUGAGAGCGUUUCCAUUGAGCUAGAUGAGAAAAAACUUGGGCCUAAUCAUAAGAACAUUUAUGAAGAUUGCUCGUCCGUUUUUGAAUCACUUCCUGGUGAUAUUGAUCCGAGAAACGAGAAUGAUUUUCAUUUGGAUGACUUCCUGAAGAAGGAGGAAAAUCGAAACAGUUACGAUUGUAUGAAGGACAAUUCCGUUGUUUAUUAUGUCAACUUGACGAGCGAUUUUUUUUACACCUUCGUGAUGCCCGAGAGUACCGUGGAAGACGUGAAGAAGAAGCGCCCCUGUGUUGAUUCCAAGGGGAGAGGUUAUCGAAUUGUGCACGAGGGGGGGAUUCCCACGGGGGGGGCGCAGAAGCAAAAGCAGAUGAAGAAUACGAAGCAGGAUACGAAGCAGAAGGAGGGAACAACAAACCUCGCCGAGGCAUUCUCCAAGAUCGCAUUGCACACCACGAUGGGCAGUGGAAACACCCAUGAUAGGGUUAAGAAGGCUAAUUAUCACAGUGAAGAAAGCGACGCUAACGAUUCCACGUGCGAUUCCGAGGCGGAAAAAACUUCCCCCGAGCUGUAUGCCAAAAUUGUAACCACCAACAAGCUGGUCUCCCUAGAUCGGCUGCUUGUCAAUGAGAUCGCGAACAACUCCUUGAUAGAGAAGAAGUACCUGUAUCUGUACCUCAUCCCGAUUCCCCCCACAAACGUGGUGAACCUUAUACAUGAUAUGUUUGCCGAUAUCAGCAAAAGAGACAUAGUGCUGGAUCUGAUGAUAACGAGGAAUCCGAAGAAGACUAUCCAGAAUUUGCUGAGGUACAGCCAAAGGAGAGGGGACGAGAAGGAUGCAAGCAGAGGUGGUGGGGAGAGUACCGCCAAGGGCAGGCCAAACGAUCCCAAUUGCAACUCCAAUUGCAAGGCGACUAUAUUCCAUAGCGGGGAACAAAGCAGUUACGACAGUAGCAACUAUAACGCAAACCCUGUUACGGAUGAAAGGGGGAUGAUAGAAAAAGUGAUCGAGGGCACCCACAUCGGGGCGGACGAAAUGGAGCAAUUGGGUCGCGAAUCCUCAGCCCAUUUGAGGAAUGACGAUUUGUUCACUUCGAAUGAUGAUUUAUCCCUGGAGGGGGAGGCACAAGAGGAGGAACUCCUUGACGAUGAGGAGGGUACUUCCGAAGGGUGCAGUGAAGACGAGGUGGAGGAGGCACACUCGGUGGAUAGCAGAAAUAGCUCCAAUGGAAGCCACUACUUUAAGUACAGCCAAAGGAGGAAAGAAAUGGGAAAUUCCAUUUUUGCCUCGAACAAAUUCGUAGGCCCAUUUCUGAAGAACUGCGAAUGCGUCAUUAUAAAUUUGAUCAAAAACAGCUGCACGACUCUGACCACAUCGCUGAAUAGCAGCAACGUGAUUCACCUGGUGAAGCCAGUGGAUUAUAUUUUCGAUGAGGUGUAUGGCAGCGGUGUGGGGAGCAGGACCCUUCCCCAGGGUGACAUAAGCGCAGCGGUUCGCGGGAAGGACGACCCAAUGAUGAAGAAUCCAGGUAUGGAUAAGCCAAGUGUGGAGAAGCCAAGCAAGUGGGAAAUGUUGAAUGAAGAGUUGGAUAAGCAGACCAACCUAGCCUGCAAGUACCGACUGAAGAAUGAUUACCUUCCGCAAACCUCGCUCACAGAGACAGUGUGCGAAAUAAUAUCUCCCAUGCCGAAUUACAAAAUAUUCUUCAUGUCAUCAACUGUUCGGAUUGUAAACAAGUGUGGCAUUCCCCUGGAGUUUUGUUUCUUCGAUGGAGGGAGAAACCCCAUCUUGUUGACCUCUCUGGAGAAUAGGACCAUACCGAUUAGCACGCUCUACCCAAAUCACAGCGAUUCGUUUAAGAAUUACAAAGUGUCAAACAGUUUGAAUAUAAACCCGAAUAUAAAAUUGCGUCAGAAGAAUAAUAAUUUAAGUUUCACGGUCAUCUUGAAUCAUGAGUAUUUGUUGUCCACCCCUGAGUGUGCGUUUUGUGGCCCAUCGCAUGUGUAUCUGUCCUUCAAGCCGAUAAAUCUGGUAAGCGAGGAGAACGCGUACUACGAAGUGGUCAGUUCGAGGGGUAAAGGAGACGUUUCCAGAGGAAGAGGUGGCAAAGAAAUCACCUCCUCUGCUCGUGGGAUGGCAGCUUUGAGUAGAAAUAAUCAGUUGGAUAGGCUGGGAAAGGAAGGGUGUACUUCUUCCCCAGGGGGGGAGAGCUAUAUGGCCUAUGAGUCAUCUUUCAAGAAUGGGGCAAACGAACUGAUGGACACCUCUUCUAUUAGCAGCGAAAAGGGAUGGUCAGACAUUUUCAGCUCGGACAUUAACCAAGGGACAUACGUGCAGAAGUGCAAAAUUAAGGAUAGCAAUAAUUACCUUUACUUUAUAGUAAAAAUUGAGAAUAAAAUAAGUGCCCUGCCUGCAGAGAAGAAUUUGAAAAUUAUCACUAUAUACCCCCAUGUAACUGUAGUGAACGCCAUUCCUGCGCUGGUAGACAUCAUAAUCACCUCCGAAAUUUCGGAGGAGAAACAGAAUGAUUACGUGUAUGAAGAGAAGGGCAAAAUCGAGGUUUUAAAAAACAAAAAGGUGAAGUUGUUGAGACAGUGCGAAGAGAUAAAUGCGUACCUGAGCAAACUCGCGUCUGUCAAACAGGUCAGUUCUGGCGGUAGUUGUGCAGGCCUCACAAGUGCUACAGUGGCCGAAGAAACUGCAAGGAUUAUCGCUGGGAGUGGCGAUGGGUCGAGCAGUAGCUACGCGAAUGACUAUCUUGGGGUAAAGGGCGGACAGAACAACGAACGGGUGUACCUAUACGAGUUGAAGCGAUUGGAAAAGGAAAUAAGUAACAUCGAUGAGGAGAUAAAAGUGAAGAAAAAGGAGCUGUCCACCUCCACGUCAAAUAAAGGAUAUGUUAAUAAGAGAUUGAAUCCAUUUUCCAUCUUUUACAUUUAUGAAAUUAAAAAGUAUAGCUGCCUGAACAUGAAGGUGAAAAUUGGAAACUCGCAAUGUGAAUGGUCUGACAAGCUAUUCCUCUUGGAGGAUGACGAAGAGUCCGUUAUGAGAUUUUCUCUAAAUUUUAAACGAUUCGCUUCUGUAGAAGUGGAGUUAAUAAAAAACUUCAGUGGAUAUUUCAACUCGUUGAGUAGCAUCCUGGGGAAUAAGCAGCUCUAUAUCUUUUCGCUACCCCGAUGUUUUAUUGACAGAACAGGUCUGGGUAUUAAGGCAAUCAACUCUAAUAAAUACUACCCCAUUAUAAACGGCAUAACUCUGUUAGGAGAUAAUUCACAAAUUGAUUUGCUAUUACCGCAUAAGACGUAUCAUAAUGAAUUUUUACGGUCGAGCCGAAGUGGGGUUCGCAGUUACGAAGUCGGGGGGGCAGAGACCUUUAACGACUACAGUGACAUUUUCAAUGAUUUUAAUUAUCCCUGUCCCGUUGACAACUCGCUGAUAUUAUUCAAGGCGACAUUACCCCCGAUUGGUAGCUACACCGAGACGAGCGUGGUGUGCAAGAAUUUCUUUUACACCUUUUGUCUGAACACGGAAAAGAUUAAGACGACGAAUAUACCUUAUAUUAUUAGCCGAAUAAUCACUGUGGUUCCUCAGUUUAUCAUUAGCAAUAGGCUGAAUCACCCCAUCCUGGUGAAGCAGUUUCAGACGGAUAAGAUCCAGGGGGUUCGGCCGAAUGACACCUCUCCGUUGUACUUCCCGAAGAAUCAGAAUAUUUUGCUCUUCCGGUUUAAGGCGCUGGAGGGAGUGAGGGAGGGCCAUGGCACUGGGGUGGGCGCUGUUAUUGGAGAUGACGAUGGCGUUAACAGUGGCGUUAAUAGUCGUGGUGGCUGCGUCGAUGGCCAUGCCGAUAGGAAGAGGGAGGACUACGUGUCGCUCCCCUCCCAGCAGUACAAGAUCAGCCAGAACCCAUUUUGGUCGUCUGUCAUAUUUCCGAGUGAAAACUUCGUGGGGACAAACUACAUGGUAGUGAGCAACAGUUGUGUGAAGGAGGAAAAAUCGGAAGUAUACGUAAUUACAUGCAUCCCGGACAUGGGUACGAAAAAUAUAAUAAUCGAAAAGCUAGACAAUAAUAUGAACAAAGGAUUUAUUGCCUAUAACUAUUCCAGCUUGGCAAAAUGGUUGAAAAUACGGACCUUCCACGAUGACACGAAACACCUGAAAGUGGAUGAAGAAGAGAAUUAUACAUUUGAAAGGUUUGAAAAAAAUAUGUUCUUAAAAAACUUCCUAAGCACAGCUGACAUGGAACAUUAUUUUAACAUCGAGUAUGAACAAUCUAGUUACCUCGGCUGGGUCAAUCCCUUCAUUUAUGUUACACGACAUGUACAGAUAGAGAUCGUACUUCACGACAUGAACGUCAUCCCCAGGACGACCCCCUUCAUAUUGAAAUUCGCUCAGUAUAAUUACGCGCAAAAGUCAUUUCAGGUGUAUUAUCGUGACGUGAUUUUUAUCGUCUCCAUAGAGUACAUCCAAGACUUGAUAACGAUUAGGUUGACUCACCGAAUUAACCUCCCUCGGGGGGUACCUCAAGGAAGGGGACCAUUUGGAGUCACCACCUCGUAUGCUUAUAACUCCCGUGAUGGUCGAAGAGUUUCUAAAAAUUCGCUGGACAUGCAAGAGUACCACAAGAUAGAACUCGCCGAGGGGGGGUACCAGUUGAGGGAGAGAAGUGGCCACGAAAGGGGCAUCGCGAAAAGCCCCACAAAAAGCGGCAUUGGCAGUAGCUAUGUUCAAAAGAGGAUGAUGAUUGGCCACAGCGAAUAUAACUAUGUAAAGCAUGGUGCGGAGGAGGACUGGGGGGAAGAAGCAGAGGGAGGCGAAGGCGGAGGUGGAAGCGGCCACCAGGGGCAUGUGAAUGGGUAUGGCGGCUGCUAUGGGAACUACUACCACCGCGUGGGCAGACGGGAGGGGGAAGAAGCCGUGAAGAUGAUCAGCAACACGUACAAAAAUGUGCACGUAAUUAUCAACGUGACGCAGAUAGGGGUAAGCAUUAUAUCGAAUAUCCUGAAGGAAGAGGUUUUCUUCAUCGAGCUGUCGAAGCUGUGUGCCCUGUUUUAUAUGAAGAACGAGGAAGAAGUUAUUGACAUAAAAAUUACGGACGUGCAGGUGGACUGCCAGCUGGAGUCCUGUGAGAAGUGCGUUCUUUUGGCGAACCGAGGCAUAAGCACGAACAAUGGUAAAAGCGGUGAGACAGCAUCCACAUCAGGAGGGGCUUCUGCAGGGAACAGCGAAAAAGAAUUGAAGAGAAUUAAAAAUGCGUAUGGUCAUCACCCCGAGGGAGGUCACGCCAUUGGGAUCGGCGGUGGGGGAGUAGGCCGAAAGGGAAGUUACAUGAGCGAGAUGGACGAGCUAUACGGUCGGAACAAUAGUAGCAGUGGCAUCGGUGGUGAGGGUCGAGCCCAUUUCACAAACAGCGAUAUAAUCAGUAAGAGGCCUACGGAGAGCGGACCAGGAAUAAUUGGAAAAGGCAUGAACACAAAUGAUGAGAAAAUAUUUUUAAACAUCUAUGUGGAGAGAUCUUUCAUCUCUCAUAAGGACGUGAUUUUCAAGAAGAUACAGGUCUCUUUAGACGACGUGGAAAUCGAAAUGGACGCCGAAACGUUAAAUGGAAUUAAUCUGCUCAUAGCAGAGUACAUCGAAGGCAUAAGCGUCGUGCAGAAGAAGAACCUGCUCUAUGAGGAGAUCCAAAAGUGGACUAUUCUACCCGUCUAUGUGAAUUACAGGUCACCAGAUAUCCCCUUAGCCAUAAACAUACAAUACAUGCAAAUUGAUAAGUUUACUCUGAUCGUCUGGUGCUCCUUUCUACUAGACAAGAUGCACAUGAUGAGUGAUUUGCUGAGAAUCGGUUUACGAAUAUUGAUGGUGUCGGGGAAGUUAGAAUUGCUAGGUGCACCCGUCACGCUGAAUCAGGAGAUCUUCAAUAACAUCCGUGUUAGCUUGAAGUCAUUUUAUGCGCUAUUGAAGGAUAAGUACAGCCAUUCUAUUUUAGCAUGCCUAGGGUUCAUAGUGGGAUAUAGCAGCCUGAUUAACAUACCGAAGAUUCCCCUGGAAAUUGGAAGGAAUACCAUAGGGCUAGCCGUUUACGCUGUGGAUAACGUAAGUGUGGGUAUUGGAAGCUUCCUCUCCAAUUUGACCUUCGAUGCCGAGUAUAUUAACAGGAGACAGAAGGAAAGGAACUUUAAGACAAAUACGAACAUGAAAGAGGGUCUCCUAAGUGCUGUGAAGAACAUUGGGGAAGGGGUGCUAAGCUUAUCCAACAUUGUGACGAAACCAAUUGAGGGUGCCCAGAAGGAAGGAGUGGGUGGAUUCUUCAAAGGGAUAGGCAAAGGGGUAGCUGGAUCGUUGGUCAAGCCGCUAGAUAAAGUAGGCCAAGCCGUAUCCGAUGUUACGAGAGGUAUAAAAGCUGAGGUGUCAAAACCGAUUGGAGGACUUAAGUAUAAAAUUAAGAGACAUAGGAAGCCAAGAAUGUUAUGGGGAGAAUAUGGAAAAAUAAAAGAGUACAAUCUGAAUGAAGCUGAAUUGAGGGAAUGUCUAGGGUUGAAAUUUUCAAAAAAUAUUAUGAAAUGCUUGACCAUACAUAAACAGGAGAAUCACCCCCCUGCACAUUAUUCUCUGCUUCUAUAUCCGAAGGUUAUUAUUUAUGCCAAUUUGUAUGCCAGCAUGUUUGUUGGUAGUAAGAGUGGCGAAUUUCUGACGGAGAAGAAGAACCUCGGAGGGGGCGACAUCGUCAUUUGGUCCCUCAGGAUUGAGGACAUCUCCGAAAUAAGGGCCUCCAGCCACGGGGUGAUAAUCCGCACAGGGAACUCCAGCAAUCUCGUGUACAAAAUUCCCUGCAACAACGCGCUUUUGAUAAAUAAGAUUUACCGCGAGCUGCACAGCUCCAGGAGCUCCAUCAAUUCGACCAUCAUCCUGGGGGACGUGCCCUCCUCGCCGCGCGUUUAG